GUGCGCGCCGCCUUCCUGCGCUUCUUCGAGCAGCGCCACGGGCACCGCCGCCUGCCCUCGGCGCCCGUGCGGCCCCGCGGCGACCCGCGCCUGCUCUUCGUCAACGCGGGCAUGAACCAGUUUAAGCCCGUCUUCCUGGGCACCGUGCACCCGCGGAGCGAGCUCGCGCAGCACCGGCGCGUGGUGAACUGCCAGAAGUGCGUGCGGGCUGGCGGGAAGCACAACGACCUGGAGGACGUGGGCCGGGACACCUCCCAUCACACCUUCUUCGAGAUGCUGGGCAACUGGUCCUUUGGAGAUUACUUUAAGAAGGAAGCAUGCAGCAUGGCCUGGGAGCUCUUGACAGAGGUCUACAAGAUCCCCAAGGACCGUCUGUACGUCACUUACUUUGGCGGAGACUCCUCGCUGGGGCUGAGCGCAGAUGAGGAGUGCAGGGACGUGUGGCUCCGCCUGGGGGUGCCUGCCAGCCACGUGCUUCCUUUCUCAUUGAAGGACAACUUCUGGGAGAUGGGGGACACAGGUCCCUGUGGUCCCUGCACAGAGAUCCACUAUGACCACGUGGGUGGUGGCAGAAACGCAGCAGCCCUGGUGAACCAGGGCAGCCCCGAUGUAGUAGAGAUCUGGAACCUGGUCUUCAUGCAGUAUAACAGGGAGGUGGAAGGGAAUUUACUUCCCUUGCCCCAGCACCAUGUGGAUACAGGAAUGGGCUUGGAAAGGCUGGUGACAGUUCUGCAAAACAAGCGUUCCAACUAUGACACGGAUCUCUUCACUCCCAUCCUGGAUGCCAUUCACAAGGGCUGCGGGGGGCCCAGAUACCAGGGCCUGGUGGGGAGGGCGGACGCGAGCGGCGUGGACACGGCGUACCGCGUGGUGGCAGACCAUGCGCGCACCCUGUGCGUGUGCAUCGCUGACGGCGUCUACCCGGGCCUCUCCGGAGCAGAGCUGGUGCUGCGUCGGAUCCUGCGCAGGGCUGUCCGCUUUUGCUCUGAAGUCCUGCAUGCCCCUCCUGGGCUCCUGGCCUCCCUGGUGCCUACUGUAGUGGACGUGCUGGGAGAUGCCUACCCAGAGCUGAGGAAGAACACAGACCAGAUUGCGGAUAUCAUCAACGAGAACGAGGCCGCUUUUCUGUCCUCCCUCGAGCGUGGGAGGCGCGUCAUCGAGCGGACGGUGCAGCACAUGGAGCCCUCCACGGAUUUCCCAGCUGAAGUAGCCUGGUCUCUCUAUGGGAAUUUGGGAUUUCCUCUGGAUUUGAUUGACUUGAUGCUUGAGGAAAAAGGGAUCCGUUUGGAUUCAGCUGCUUUUGAUGAACUUGCUCUGGAGGAUGCCAGGCGGAAGGCCCGUGACCCGCAGGCAGGACAGCUGGAGGGUGCAGAUUGGCGCCUGGAUGUGCACUCGCUGGCACAGCUGCAAAGCAACAACGUGCCUGUCACUGACGACUCGCCAAAAUACGCCUACACGCUUGGGCAGCGUGGGCAAUAUGAGUUCAGCCCAUGCCAGGCCACCGUCCUGAUGCUCUACAGAAAUCAGUCCCUCCAGAAGGAGGUUGGGGCAGGCCAACACUGUGGUGUCAUCCUGGAUCGGACUAACUUCUAUGCAGAGCAGGGAGGGCAAGCCUCUGACCGGGGCUACCUGAUGCUCUUGGGACAGCAGGACAUGCUCUUCCCUGUAAAGUCAGUUCAUCUCUGUGGCGGUUACGUGGUCCAUGAGGUCACUGCUGUGGAAAUGCUGCGUGCUGGGGACCAAGUGCAGCUCUUUGUGGAUGAGGCCCAGCGACUGGCCUGCAUGACCAACCACACUGCUGCUCAUCUGCUGAAUUUUGCUCUCCGCCACGUGCUGGGAGACAACACAGAACAACGGGGGUCCCAUGUGACAGCGGAGCGGCUGCGCUUCGACUUCAAUACCAAGGACCCCGUGACCAUUGAGCAGCUGCAGCAAGUGGAGCGGGUGGUCCAGGAGGUGAUUAAUCGAAAUGAGGUCGUGCACAUGGCUGAGGUCCCUCUCGCACUGGCCAGAAGAGUUCAGGGCCUUCGUAGUGUGGAUGAGGAGUAUCCAGAUCCAGUAAGGAUAGUGUCCUUGGGCGUUCCCGUGGAGAGUGUGCUGAUCCACAACUCCGAGGCUGCAAUGCACACCUCUGUGGAGCUCUGCUGUGGGACGCAUCUGCUACGAACAGGAGUUAUGGAGGAUCUGGCCAUUAUCAGUGAGCGUCAGCUGGCUAAAGGGAUUAGCCGUGUCAUUGCAGUGACAGGGGGACAAGCCAAACAGGCCCGGGAAGUAGGCCAGUGCUUGGCUAUGGAAGUGGACUCUGUCUCCAUAAGAAUGAAGCAGGGGAGCACCUCUAUUCCUGACGUGCAGCACCUCUCCAAAGAAGUAGGCCAGUUAACCCAAGUGGUGGCUAACACUGCAAUGCCCCAGUGGCAAAGAAAAGAACUGCAGACCACUCUGAAAGCACUUCAGCGAACAGCCAACACGGCCAUCAAGAAACUGGAGAUACAGCAGGCAGCAGAGAAGGCACACAGUCUGCUGGCCAAACAUUGCAACCAACCUCUCAUCAUUGAUACUGUCCCAGCUGACUCUGCCUCUAUCCUAAUGAAGGUAGUGAACCAGCUCUGUGGCAAGUCUCCUGGCACAUCAGUCUUGCUGCUCAGCCCUCAGGCUUCUGGUGAGGUGCUCUGUGCAUGUCAGGUGUCCAAGAAUUGCCUCCCCAUAUUCUCCGCUGCUGACUGGGCCGCAGCCGUCUGCACGCAGAUGGAAGGCAAGGCAGGAGGCUCUUGUGUCGUCGCUAAGGGCAGUGGAAACGCCAAAGGCAUGCAGAGAGCCCUGACCACUGCAAUGGAGUUUGCUCAGAGUAAACUUGGAAAUAAGUGUGAUGUUCUAUGA